GCUUGUAGUCCGUCACUCGAUGGCAAAGCGGGACGGGGACCACCAGGUCCGCCAGGUCGGGAUGGACGCAAAGGGAUUCAAGGCGAUCCAGGAAUUCCAGGUCCAGAUGGCCCAGAAGGGGUGCAAGGAAGGCCAGGACCACGAGGAGAGCAAGGUGAAGUGGGUGAUAAAGGAGAGCCAGGACCACAAGGAGAGAGGGGUUUGCAGGGAGAACAAGGUCCUGCAGGACCAGCAGGUGAAGGAUAA